CGGCGGGGCCCCGCGGCCGGCGUGCGCCAUGGACCUGUCGGUGGGGUAUGUGGCCAGGGGCCGGACGCUGGUGACCAGACGUAUGAUGCCUCAACCAGAUUCAGAUCUAGAAGAGGAUGCUCUAAAGGAGGAUUUGAAGUUUUACUUCAUGAACCCAUGUGAAAAAUACAGAGCCAGACGUCAAAUCCCAUGGAAACUAGGUUUGCAGAUUCUAAAGAUAGUUAUGGUUACCACACAGCUUAUUCUUUUUGGUUUGAGUAACCAGUUGGUGGUUUCCUUCAAAGAGGAGAACACUAUUGCCUUUAAGCAUCUGUUUCUGAAAGGCUACUCCGGGGUUGAUGAAGAUGAUUAUAGUUGUAGUGUAUACACACAGCAGGAUGUUUAUGACAGCAUUUUUUUUGCUAUUAAUCAGUACUGCCAAUUAAAGAAUAUAUCCCUGGGCACACUUGGUUACGAACAAGAUGAAGACGAUGUGUCAGGCUUACAGAUCUGUAAACAACAGUACAAGAAAGACACAAUGCUUCCUUCCAAUGAUACGCUGAACAUAGACAUUGCCAUUGAAACAGACUGUAUUCACCUAGAGCCACAGAUGCUAGCCACUAAGAGGUCUGGUGAUUUGAAGACGAUAAAUUCAUCAUUUUUCAACUUUGAAUUUUAUAGGCUUAUACAGGUUGAAAUCUCCUUUCAACUUAAAGGUAUUGAUCUACAAACAAUUCAUGCCAGAGAAUUGCCUGACUGCUACGCCUUUCAGAAUACUAUUACUUUCAACAACAGAGCCCACAGUGGUAAAGUAAAAAUUUAUUUUGAUAGUGAUGCUGAUAUUCAAGAAUGCAAAGACUGGCAUAUAUCUGGAUCUACAGUUCAGAAGAACAGUCAAUAUAUUCUGGUUUUUGAUGGAUUUGUCAUCGUAAGCUGUUUUGCUUCCCUUAUACUCUGCACACGAUCCAUUAUUCUUGCUCUGAAAUUGCAAAAAAGAUUUGUGAAUUUCUUCCUGGAAAAGUACAAACGCCAUGUCUGUCAUGCUGAUCGUCUGGAGUUUAUAAAUGGAUGGUAUGUCCUGGUGAUUAUCAGUGAUGUGAUGACAAUCAUUGGAUCUAUAAUGAAAAUGGAAAUAAAAGCCAAGAACCUCACAAGUUAUGAUGUUUGCAGCAUCUUACUUGGAACAUCGACUUUGUUUGUUUGGGUUGGAGUCAUCAGAUACUUAGGAUAUUUCCAGACAUACAAUGUGCUCAUUUUAACAAUGCAAGCAUCAUUGCCCAAAGUUCUAAGAUUUUGUUGUUGUGCUGGGAUGAUAUAUCUUGGCUAUACAUUCUGUGGCUGGAUUGUAUUAGGGCCUUAUCAUGAAAAGUUUGAAGAUCUGAACACAGUUGCUGAAUGUCUGUUUUCUUUGGUCAAUGGUGAUGACAUGUUUGCAACAUUUGCUCAAAUCCAGCAGAAGAGCACCUUGGUGUGGCUGUUCAGUCGAUUAUAUCUGUAUUCCUUCAUUAGUCUAUUUAUAUACAUGAUCCUCAGCCUUUUUAUUGCACUCAUUACAGACUCUUAUGACACCAUAAAGAAAUACCAGCAAAACGGCUUUCCAGUAACAGAUCUUCAUGAAUUCCUUAAAGAAUGCAGUAGCACAGACUAUAGCAAAGAACCACAGGCUUCCAUGCCUUUCAUCUGCUGUUGUAGGAGACGAGGAAGUGAUGACAACUUGAUACUUAACUGA